AUGAAGCAUACAGUGGUGGAUGUCUCUCCAAAAUGUAUUACAGGUUUGGAGUUUGGGGCAUUGUCUGAUGCUGAAAUCAUUGGUCAGUCUGAAGUUGAAGUUUUCACCAGAAACCUCUACGAUUUAGAACAUGGAAGGAAGCCAGUUCAGCAUGGUGCCCUAGAUACGCAUAUGGGUGUUUCUGCAAACACUGGGGAAUGCCAAACGUGUCAUGGGAACUUGGCAUCCUGUCAUGGUCAUUUUGGUCACAUCAAAUUGGCCUUACCGGUUUUUCACGUUGGUUAUUUCAAGGCUACGAUUCAAGUUUUGCAAACAAUAUGCAAGUCAUGCUCAGCUGUCCUUCUUGAAGAUGCCAUGAAGGAAAAGUUUCUCAAUGAUUUGAAAAGACCUGGCCUAGAUAAUUUGAGAAGAAUGAGAAUAUUGAAGAAGAUUCAAGACCAAGCAAAGAAACAAAGAAGAUGUUUAAGAUGUGGUUCAAUCAACGGUGUUGUGAAGAAGGCGGCUGCGGGUGGUGGACCAGCUGCGUUAAAAAUUAUUCAUGAUACAUACAGAUGGGUCGGUAAGAAAGGUGCCCCUGAGAAGGAAGCUUGGGAUGAAGACUUUGAUAGACUCUUUGAUGACAAUCCGGAACUCGAAAAGUUCGCCAAAAGAUGUUUUGAUGAUUUGAAUCCGCUGAAAGUUUUGAAUUUAUUCAAACAAAUUGAGCCCGCAGACUGUGAGUUGUUGGGAAUGGAUCCCUCCAGGGGCGGUAGACCGGAAAUGUACCUCUGGCGGUAUUUGCCAGCUCCGCCAGUGUGUAUCAGACCUUCUGUUAUCAUGGCAGAUGCUUCUAACGAAGACGACUUGACUGUCAAGCUUACAGAAAUUGUUUGGACGUCAUCCAUGAUAAGAGCAGGGAUUCAGAAGGGUAUUUCCAUCAACUCACUGAUGGAACAAUGGGAUUACCUACAAUUGGCUGUCGGUGUUUACAUUAACUCAGACAUCGCCACUCCUUCAAUGAUGCAGAAUGGUGGAACAAAAGCGGCAAAGCCUAUAAGAGGUUUUUGUCAGAGAUUAAAGGGAAAACAGGGUAGAUUCAGAGGUAACUUGUCAGGUAAGAGAGUGGAUUUUUCGGGUAGAACCGUCAUUUCCCCAGAUCCCAACUUGAGGAUAGACGAAGUUGCUGUCCCAGAAUUAGUUGCCAAAGUUUUGACCUAUCCUGAAAGAGUUACAAGAUAUAAUAAGAAAAAGCUGCAAAAUCUUUUGAUUAACGGACCCGAUAAGCACCCAGGUGCUAAUUACUUGCAAAAGAAAGACGAAGAGUUGAAAAGAAACCUGAGGUAUGGUGAUCGCCAUAAACUUGCUAAAAACUUGAAUGUUGGAGAUGUUGUUGAAAGACAUAUCGAAGAUGGUGAUAUUGUUUUGUUUAAUAGACAACCUUCUCUACAUAGGUUGUCGAUUUUAUCUCAUUUUGCCAAAAUCAGACCAUGGAGAACUUUUAGAUUGAAUGAAUGUGUUUGUACCCCCUAUAAUGCCGAUUUCGAUGGUGAUGAGAUGAAUUUACAUGUGCCUCAGACAGAAGAGGCAAGGGCUGAAGCGAUGAAUUUGAUGGGUGUGAAGAAUAACUUGUUAACCCCAAAAUCUGGGGAACCAAUUAUUGCUGCGACCCAAGAUUUUAUCACUGGUUCGUAUUUGAUCUCGAAAAAAGAUUCGUUUUUUGAUAAAGCAACUUUAACCCAAAUGUUAACUUCCAUGUCUGAUGGUAUCACCGACUUUGAUUUACCUCCUCCAGCAAUAUUCAAACCGGUGUUCCUUUGGACAGGUAAACAAAUAUUUUCGUUGUUGAUCAAACCUAAUAAGAAUUCCAAGGUGUUAAUCAACCUUGACGCUAAAUGCAAAACAUUUUCUCCCCCAGCAAAAGGUUUGCCAAAUGAAAUGUCACCAAACGAUGGAUUCGUUAUUGUGAGAAAUUCUCAGAUCUUAGCUGGUGUUAUGGACAAAUCAUUGUUAGGUGAUGGUAAAAAGCAUUCUGUCUUCUAUACAAUUUUGAGAGACUAUGGACCUGCUGAAGCAGCCACAGCUAUGAAUAGAAUGGCCAAAAUGUGUGCUAGAUUCAUGGGUAACAGAGGCUUCUCUAUUGGCAUUAGUGAUGUCACACCAAAAGAUGAUUUAAAAGAAAAGAAAGAGAGAUUGGUCGAAAUCGCCUAUGCCAAAUGUGAUGAACUAAUUGAACUGUACCAAACAGGCAAGUUGGAAACUCAACCGGGUUGUGAUGAGGAACAGACUUUGGAAGCCAAAAUAGGUGGUUUGUUAUCUAAAGUCAGAGAAGAAGUGGGUGAGGUUUGUAUUAGAGAAUUGGAACGUUCCAACGCUCCUUUGAUCAUGGCAACAUGUGGUUCUAAAGGUUCUACUUUGAACGUCUCGCAGAUGGUGGCUGUUGUCGGUCAGCAAAUUAUCUCAGGUAACAGAGUCCCAGAUGGAUUUCAAGAUAGAUCACUUCCUCAUUUCCUAAAGAAUUCGAAAACCCCUCAGUCCAAAGGUUUCGUUAGAAAUUCUUUCUUUUCAGGUCUAAACCCGCCAGAAUUUUUGUUCCAUGCUAUAUCCGGUAGAGAAGGUUUGGUUGAUACUGCUGUCAAAACUGCAGAGACUGGUUACAUGUCUCGUAGAUUGAUGAAAUCUUUGGAAGAUUUCAGUGCAAGUUACGACGAUACAGUAAGAAAUUCAAGUAACGGUGUGGUGCAAUUCAUUUAUGGUGGUGAUGGUCUAGAUCCACUGGACAUGGAGGGUGAUGGUGUACCAGUCAAUUUCAAUAGAACCUGGACGCACUCAUAUUUCACAACUCUUAACCAUUCUGAUGAACCACUUCCACCUUACAAAGUAAGAGAAGUUGUGAAGUCUGUCCUUUUACCUUUGAAAGAUGCCUUAAUUAGGGUUGACAACGUUGGUAAGGUCGUAUCCAAGGAAGACUUCGAUAAAAUUGAUUAUGUGGAUAUUUACGAUGCUGAAAGAGGAUUCUACGACUCAGUUUCCAACUACAUUGAAGGUAAGUUGACACUCUUGGCUACUCAUAGAGUUUCAAGGGGAUUACCGUCAUUUGACGAAGAACCUGAAAAGAAGGUUAUUGAUGAUGUCAAGAAGGAAAUCAGUGUAAGUCAGAUUCUUAAGAUCACAGAAAAAAUGAUUAGAAGCUUUCUGGACUUAUGCUGUACUAAAUAUAGGAGAGCCAGAGUGGAACCGGGCACCGCCGUUGGUGCUAUUGGUGCACAUUCUAUCGGUGAACCUGGUACUCAAAUGACUUUAAAAACUUUCCAUUUUGCUGGUGUUGCUUCCAUGAAUGUUACCUUGGGUGUUCCGCGUAUUAAGGAAAUUAUUAACGCAUCGAAAGUUAUUUCCACUCCCAUUAUCAAUGCUGUGUUAGUGAAUGACCGUGAUGAGAGAGCUGCUAGAGUUGUCAAAGGUAGGGUUGAGAAGACAUUACUAGAAGAUGUUGCAUGUUACAUUGAAGAUGUUUACAAAGAAAACCAAGCUUUUUUGCAAGUCAAGGUUGAUCUUAAAACCAUUGAUAAAUUACAAUUAGAGUUGAACAUUGAGCAGAUUGCAGAUGCGUUGAUUACCUCGAAGCUAAAGAUAACUAGAGCAGACGUUUCAAUCGUUGGUAAAAGCAAAAUUCAGGUUUUAGUGAAUGACAUGGUAGGAGACUUCAAACCCACUGGUAGAUCUUCCGCUUCAAAAGAAAUUGUAAUGCUAGCCCACAAAGAUCCAGAUGAGAGAGAUAGGCUGGAGAAGAAUGCUCUCUUUUUCAAAAUGCAACAGUUAAAACGUUUACUUACAAAGGUUGUUGUCAAGGGUUUCCCUGAAAUAUCCAGAGCGGUCAUUAAUGUAAAAGAUGAUGAUACUAAGGGUUUAUUAAUUGAGGGUUAUGGUCUCAAAAAUGUUAUGGCGACCGAUGGUGUUAUUGCGUCGAAGACGAAAACCAAUCACAUCUUAGAAAUCUUCCAAGUGUUGGGUAUUGAAGCUGCUAGAUCUAGUAUUAUCAAUGAAAUUGACUACACUAUGGGUUCGCAUGGUAUGGCGGUUGAUCACCGUCACAUCCAAUUGUUAGGAGAUGUAAUGACUUUUAAAGGUGAGGUUUUGGGUAUUACAAGAUUCGGAUUGGCUAAGAUGAGAGAUUCUGUAUUGCAAUUAGCUUCUUUCGAGAAAACGACAGAUCAUUUGUUUGACGCUGCUUUCUAUAUGAAGACGGACCAAGUUGAGGGUGUCUCAGAAAGAAUUAUUUUGGGUCAAACUAUGGGUAUUGGUACCGGUGCGUUCAAGCUAGCUGCCAAAGAUAAUGGUAAGGCUGUCAACCUGAAAACUAAGGAGACUCUUUUUGACAGUUUAUGUAAAGGUGUUGUCCCCCCUUCAAUCCAGGUGGCGUAA